AUCUGUCAAUCAUUUUGGAUUUAAAAGGUCUAGGUAGCCUAGUUAGCCCAAGUUGAAUCAAUAAUCACAAUAGACCGGGAGUUAUUAGGCCUACAUGAUGCAAACAUGCACAAUACUGUAGAAGGUCUGGAGUUGUACCUGUUUAGGUUACCAGAUCAGGAUAAACUACUGGCCCCAGGAACAAAGAUCGCCCCAGCACUGUGGUGUCACCUCUGGGAUCACAAGGUACAGAUAUAGACACAAUUGUCACCUCACUAACUUGUGUUGCAGCAUGGUGUUACAAGUUUAGUCGUAUUGAGGUUUCCUUUUUUAUUAAGUCUGGGCCUAUGGCAAACCCUGUUAUCUUGAUUAGAUAGUGUUUUUAAUUGGUCUGCUGUUUUCAGUGUGAUCUAUUCGCUCUGGAAUACAACUUAAACGUCAAGUUCUUAUUUUUAUUAAUAUUAAAUACACACAUUGUGUCAACAUAUAACAUCCUUUGAACUAUGAUGCAGAUGAGGACACUCCGCCUCUGUGUGUGAUGUUUCGGUAUACUUUCAGCUGAGGCAGACAAAUGCACGAGCUCAACUGGUUCUCACAGACUUGGUGGCGCCAGGCUUUCACACAAUCAGGAUGUGAAAGGCUUCAACAACGAGGCAUUUAGGCCCCAAUCACUGGGAAUCGAUCAGGCGUUAACACGCCUUUGCAUAUGCACAAUUUUAAGUGGGUCGGGACUUUAUAGGGAGGGCCCUCAACAGGUCUUGUCACAACAUUCUCGGGCCCUCUUUAGAUAGUAUGCUGACCAACACAGAGCUCCUAGAGGCAAACAUGGUCAAGGUCUUCUCUGUCGACUGGCUCGCACAGAGCAAUCACAACACCAACCCGAAAGAAGGACCUGUGGACACUAUACCAACCUACUGCAGACCCCAUGUUCCUUGUAUGGUCCAGCCUCAACCGCCAACAUUUUAUAACAAGGUCUACCUCCAACCAAAACCAAAGACCACGAGGAUUGAACGCACGGAUUCCACUGAAGAACCCCAAAAUCUAGAAUCCAGGUUGAGCUCACCUCUGUAUCCGGUACCAUGUUCUUCCCCAACUCUUUCAGAAACCAGCGGGUACACCUCGGGGUAUGACAGUGAGGCGGUCUCCUCGGAAUGUCCCUCUGUGGAAGAGGCGAGCGAGGGAGAGAGAGACGGUGGCCAACGACGUGUGCGUACUAGGUUCACACCGGAGCAGAUAGAGAAGCUGGAGAAGAUUUUCAACACACACAAAUAUCCAGAUGCUGGAGAAAGAGUCAAAACGGCACUGAAGUUGAACCUCUCUGAAACUCAGGUGAGAACUUGGUUUCAGAACAGGAGGAUGAAACUGAAAAGGGAGCUCCAAGAGUAUCCAGUUCAGUCUCAGAUGAUGUUCCAGCCCAUUCGACCAUUUCAGUACCACGGCUUCGGUAGCUGUGGCUACACGUCGGGCUCUGAGAGCGAGGUGGGGGACGAUAGCGACGGCGAGUAUGCACUACACCGCAGGAUGAGAACCAAGUUCACCUCUGAUCAGAUUUGCAGACUAGAACGAUCAUUCAACAAACACAAAUACCUCGGUACAACUCAGAGGAGAAAGAUUGCUGAGAAAAUGAAGCUCUCUGAAACUCAGCAUCUCUGCUGCCUCCACUGGUCUACGCCGCGCCGUCAUUUCAGCACCAAGCGCCUCGUGGACAGCUCCACAACUUCGCCCAGAGAACACAAGCGCUCUGCCCGCAUCACAUUCAGAGAGUCCCUUUGCAACAGAUGA